CCCCAAUUUCUCAGAUCACCACUACACCUACACAAUUCGCGUUUUGUACAUAUAAACUUGAUAGACCUCUACAUCCAUCAUGCCUCACGCCGACUCCUCCUACUUCUCAACCUCCCAAGAACCCACCAAGGCAGAGGUAUACGCACAAGUCCUCGAACAAGCCAAGGGCCUAGUAACAGGCCAGCGCAAUUGGGUCAGCAACUUCUCCAACAUCGCCUCCCUCCUCUGGCACGCCUACGCCGCCCUCCCGUCCCCCUCCUCCUCCGUAAACUGGGCUGGCUUCUACAUCCGCCAGGAUAAAUUCCCCGCGCUCGGCUCGUCCCAAAACCCUCCAAGCAACAACAACAACAUCACAAAUGUUCUACUGCUAGGCCCAUUCCAAGGCCGCCCCGCCUGCCAGGAGAUCCGCUUCGGGCGGGGCGUGUGCGGUUCCGCGGCCGAGAAGCGCGAGACGGUGGUUGUGCCGGAUGUGUUGAGUUUCCCGGGACAUAUUGCCUGUGACGCGAGUAGUCGGAGUGAGAUUGUGGUGCCGAUUUUGGUUGGUGGGGAGACGGUUGCGAUCAUCGAUGUUGAUUGUACGGAGCCGGCGGGGUUCGACGAGGAGGAUAAGAGGUGGUUGGAGGAGCUUGCGGCGCUUUUGUCGGAGUGUUGCGAUUGGUAAGUGUGGUAUGUGGUAUAUAUGGUAUGGUGUUUGGUUCGGCUUUACUUCACGAGUCGAGGGGUCCCUUAUUUGAAAAUAUUCUCUACGUCCAACUAAAAGUUUGGAAACCGGGUUGCAAACGACAUUCUGUGAGUGUACGAAGAGAUAUUGUCCGAAUGGAUCAUAGAGGGUCCAUUUCUCUAAUAGUUCAAUUGUAUCACAGCAAGUUUGUACCAGCAAAGUAGUAACAGAAUCC